GAUAAUGAUGAUGAUGAUGAUGAUGAUGACGACGAUGAUGUGACUGAAUCAGAUGAUAACGAUUCUACGGACGAAAUUGAUGAUGAUAAUGAUGAUGGUGAUGAUACUGAAAGUGAUCAGGAAAAUAUAUCAACUGAAAUAAUGAUGCCAUUAUCACCAAAUAGUACACCAACUUGUUAUAUUUGUUUGAAUAUAUUCGAAGGUCAAGAUAUUGGUAGUCCUGAUUCAUGUGAAACAAUGCAUCAUUUUUGUCUCGAAUGUAUUGAAGAAUGGGGAAAGCAAAUUAACACCUGUCCAGUGGAUAGAAAAUCAUUUUCAUUCAUUAUAGUUCGACGAACAAUUAAUGGUGAAAUUGUAAUGAAGGUUCCAAUUGCUAAAAAAUCUGUUCUCGAAAUAGUUACAAUCGAUAAUGAUGAUGUUACAUAUUGUGAAAUUUGUGGUCGUUGCGAUCGUGAAGAUCGUUUAUUACUUUGUGAUGGUUGCGAUUUUGGUUAUCAUUGUGAAUGUUUAGUUCCACCAUUGGAAACAAUACCAGUCGAUGAAUGGUUUUGUCCGGAUUGUUUUGAACGAUUGUUUGGUGAUGAUGCAAACGAAGAGAAUAAUCAACGUCGAUUAGCACAACGAAGAGCAAUAGCACGUACCGGAACAUUCGAACGGGUUCGAAAUCGAAUUCUUGCUAGACGUUCGAAUGUUGGUACUCGAACGACAAAAACUAAACGUAAAACAAAACAAAGAAGACGAAGGAGAACUACGAAAAAAAGAAAAACAACAAAGACAAAAACUUCUAAUAAAACGAAAACGAAAAGAACUCGACGAAGAAAAUAUAGGAAACGUACAAAAAAAUCAAAAUUAUCAAUGAAAAGAUUACCAGCAGCUGAUCCACGAUCACGUUUAGCAACUAGACUGGGUCUUGUUUGUAAACCUAAAUCACCAUUCGGAUUGCCUGUUUCCAAACCAAUCAAUCAAACUCGAUCGCUUUCAGAAAUUCGUCAGUUUAGUGGUAUCAGUGGUCUUUCAAUGUUUGGUUAUGGUUUGGAAAUGAAUCAUCUUAGUUCCUAUAAUGAUGAUUUAUUCGAUAGUGGCGCUGUUGAUGGUUCGUCUGCAGGAAGCCUUGGAUUAUUAACAAAUACAAGACAUCAUAUUUUUGUUAAUAAUAAAUCAUUAAUUAAAACACCCACCGAACCAUUAUCAUUACAGAUACGAGAUUCUUCCAAUAUUGAUGUAUUAAGUGAAAUUAUGACUUCUCAAGAGAUACUACAUGCUUCAUCAUCAGAUUUGUCGAUUGCUCGUGAUGGUCGAGUUUAUCUCAAAGCAGAAUCUUCAUCAUCAAACAAUUCGAUUCGCCAAUGUCCAAAUAAUUCUUCGCCAAAUCAUUCAUCAUCACCACCUCAAUCAUCAUCAACAAAUAAUGGCAAUAGUUGUAAAAAUCAUAGUUCAGAUAGGCGAUCAUCAUUAUCAGGGAAUUCAUAUUUAUCAUCUUCCUCAUCCUCAUCCUCAUCUUCAUCAACGGCGCAUCAAGAAAGAACUACUCAUACAGACAAUAUUAGCUUUAUAAAACCAUCACCAGUUGUUUCAUUAACUAUUGACAAUGAUGAUGAUGAUAAAAACAUUGAUAUAGAAAUGUAUAGCGACAUUGAAUCAUUACAAGAUGAUAAUAACAAAGAUUUAGAUGAGAACCAUCCUGAUGAUGCUAACGACGAAAAUGAUGAAAAUCAUGGCAAUAAUCAACUUAAACAACCACAAGAACCUGUAGCCAAUAUUGAAGAUGAUAAAUUAUUGAAAAUUGAAAGUGAUAUCAAUCAAACACAAAAUCUUUCUGAAAGUGGUGAAGAAAAUUCCAAAAAUGAUACCAGUAUUAAAAAUAUUGAAACAAAAGUUUCGAAAAAAUCUCAGCAAGCUAAACUUAAACGACGUCCCUCAAUCAAUGAUCUGUUUGGUGAUAAUUCGGAAGAUGAAGAUGAUCGUGAUGAAGUAAAUGAAUUGAAACAAUUGGUAGCUCAACAAGGUGGCAUCAAUGUACAUUUUCCCAUAAAAAUGCCCAUCGUAUUAAAGACAAAUUUUUUGAGUGAUAAAAAUAAGUCUUCGAAUAAUAAUGAUGAUGAUGUUCCGUUGUCGAAAAAAUGGGUCCCUAUCUAUCCUGAAAUGAAUGAAACAUCGAAAAAUUCCGGACCCAAAUGGAAAGCAAUUGGAGCUAAUUCUGAAUCAAACCAAAAAUCAAAAUCAGAAUCGAAAGAAAAAUUUGAAAAAGUUCAUUGCGACGUUGAUAGAAAAAAUGAAAAAUCCAUGAACAAUAAUCGUCCUAAAUUAGAAAGUAAAAAGCAGGAAAUUUCUUCAAAAUUACAAAGUUCGUUACGAAAAGUAAAAGACGAAGAAAAUCAAGAUAUAUUUCCCGAUAUUAUUGAAUCAGUUAAAAUUAAAAAACCUGUUCCUAAAGUGAAAGAUGAAACGCAAACUAAAAUUCCGACAAAACAGCCAGAUAUUAAAAAAAAUUCACCGAAAAAUUCUACUUCAUCCGAAGCUAAAAUCAGAACCUGUAAGCAUGGGAGACCACUUGCUCAUAAGAAUAAAGAAUUAUCAUCAUCAUCAACAACAACAACAUCGGCAGCUAAACGAUCAAAAACGAUUGAGACAACUACAUCGAAACCCGUUCAUUCGAAAGAUUAUAGCAGCAAAAAACAUGAACACAGUGAUCUGGAUUAUAAUCAUGAUGAUCGAUAUGAUCGUCAUCGAAAAUUUUCCAAAAAUGAGCAUCCAAAAUUGGAAUCGAAAGCUAUCAUUUGUCCACAGCCAUCAUCAUCAUCAUCAAAUGUAAAAAUCAAUCAAUCCUCAUCUAAUAAAAAUAAUAAUGACAAUCGUUUACGAGAUUCAUCAACAAAAGAUGAAUCUAGUUCAAGUGCAAAAAAACAUCGUCACCAUCAUCAUCAUCAUCAUCAUCAUCGUCAUCAUCAUCGUCAUAAGCAUGAUUUGGAAAAUAGUUCUUCGGGUACCAUUUCUGGUCAUCAUCAUCAUAGUGAAGAGAAGAAAUGUGUGGAGAAAAAAUCGAAUUUAUUCCAAUCGUAUUCGAAGAUCGAUUCCAAGGAAAUCUUCGCUCAAGGUUUGUAUGGCUUAUAA